AUGACAGAAUUCAAGAAGGCUGAAGAUCUCUUUGAUAGACUCUUACAGGCCCAUGAGACGUUGGUUAUUAAUCAUUUACCCAAAGGCAACAGCAACAGCAGCAGCAGAGAUGAAUUACCACCAUCGAAAGAGGAUUUACAACAAUAUAACAACUUCGAGAACUUAAUAAACCAGUGUGGUGAUUAUAUAUUAAAGUUUAAGAAACGCUUAUUGGAUGCCAGUAAGAAUCCUGAUGUAGCAGUGUAUGGGCCUAAGAUGAAGACUAAUGUGGAGGGGUUAAUAGAGAGAUAUGAGCAAGUAUAUGAGCAGUACCAAGAUAUCAUACAACCAUUAUUUGAGCAUGCUGUAUUAGAAGAAAAGGACAGAUUAAGAAGGGAAGAGGAGAGACGCCAAAAGGAUAAGAAGGAUGCCAUAGAAAAGGAUGUAGAACAGAAGGCUCAAUGGGCUGCUCACUUUGAUAAGACAAGAAAAGAGAUGGAGAGAGCACAGCAAGAGAGGGAAGCAGCGGAAAAGGAGAGGGCUGAUGCACAAGAUGCUGAGUUAAUAGCUAAACGUAGGGAGGAAGAGAUUAGAAUACUCUCAAUGGAUGAGGAUACUAAAAUAUGUACUUCUAUUAGAGAAAUGUUAGAGGAUAAUACAAGCAUGACUAUUGCAGAGUUACGUAUGCAUUUGGUUCAUGACUUGGGCCCGAAAUCAUACUUAAAUGUGUAUCAUGGUAACCUGGGGGGUUGGCGUAAGGUGGCAUGA